CACCAGAGGAGCAGAGGGACAGAGACCUACCCAGACCCAGAAACCUUCCACUCUCAGGCUGAAGCUCGCCCCUCGCCCUCCGGCAUGAAGGUCUCCGCGGCGCUCCUGGGCCUGCUGUUGGCAGCAGCCACCUUCAGCCCCCAGGGCCUUGCUCAGCCAGAUUCUGUUUCCAUUCCCAUCACCUGCUGCUUUAAUAUGGUCAGUAGGAAAAUCUCCAUCCAGAGGCUGGAGAGCUACACCACAGUCACCAACAUCAAGUGUCCCCGGGAAGCCGUGAUCUUCAAGACCAAACUGGGCAAGGAGUUCUGUGCCGACCCCAAGGAAAAGUGGGUCCAGGAUUCCAUGAAGCGUCUGGAGCAAAAGUCCCAAACCCGGAAGCCUUGAACCUUCUUCACACCUGGACUGAGAGAUCGAGCCUGAAGAAAACCUUAUUUAUUUUCCCCCAACCUUCCCCAGAUGUAGUGUGACAUUAUUUUAUUUUAAUUUCCAAACAGAGGCACUUUGUUCAAUAAUUUAAUGCACAAUAUUUCUUAAAUAAUAUUUAAUAAUAUUUAAUAUAGUGAUACUUUGACUUUUUCUGCCAUAAAUCCUAGUGAAUGUAAAAUAUAAAAUCCUGGUGAUGUG